AACCAACCCAUCCUAAUGUCCUUCUCCUUCUCCAUCCCCGAAACCUCAUCCCCCAGCUCAGAGGAAGUCCUCUCCCUGCCCUCCUACGCCCAAAAUGAACUCCCAGACCUGGACCUCCCAAAACUGAUCUUGAUAUCUCACGCCCACUCCCCACCACUAAAUCCGGCUCCCCAGUUGAGAUUUGACUUGCGCAACCUGCCCAACCCGCCGAAACGCAUCCGGGACGCGCAUGUGGGCACCUCGAAGCGGCUCCAGGAGUGGAUGGAGGCCGAUCCGGCGUUUUUGGCUAGGUUAGAGGAGAUCCGGGAGGAGAUUCGGGAGGCGAUGGAUGGGCUUAUUAGGAGGCAUGAGAAGAAGGAGGUGUUGAGGGUGGAUGUUGAUGAGGAGCCGAAGGAGAAGGAUAGGGGGUAUGAGCAUGACGAAGGGCCGGUGGUGAAUGGGGAUAGCCAGAAAAAGACGGAGGAGGAUGAGUCGGGGUAUAGACGAGUCUAUAAUGAGCAGGAUUUUAGUGGGUUGGAGUUGAGGGUUGGAAUCGUGUGUGCUAUGGGUCGACAUAGGAGUGUAGCGAUGGUGGAAGAGCUGUCGAGAGUAUCGUGGCCUGGGUGGGAUGUAGAGGUUGAGCAUCGAGAUGUGGCGAAGAAGAGGGGUACGGGAGGAGGGAAGUCAGGUGGGAAAGGGAGUCGAGGAACAAGGGGGAGUUUUGCAUCUUAUUCAACGAACGAUGACUCUGAGUAGAGCGACAUCUUCAUUCGGUCUUAAUUAAUCUCAAUCGCAUUGUAAACAGCAACGAAGAGAAGCAUAUGUAUCAUCUCUAUAGCAUUUCCUACACCAAUUAAGCGAACACCUUUCAGUGUUUCGGUUUCCAGUUC